AAGUCGGACGCAAAUCUACCCAGCAUGCAUUGUGCGCCGAUUGCCGGUGAUCGAUUCUGCGCACGCCUGGCUCAAGUCGAACGAGCUUAAGGUGGCGUUCGCGGCCCCAUCGUGGCCCCAUGGUUAAGAAUCACUGUGCUAGAUGAUACGGUAACUGCUGCAGUUCUUCAGUGAUGCCCAAUCAUCACGGAAACAGUGAUGAACACCAAAUGAAUGCUAGAUGAUACGGUAAGAGUUGUUAAAAAGAACGGUUAACACAGACCUGUUUCAGGUGUGGCAUGAAUUUUAUUAUCAAAGUGCAUUUUAGCCCGCUGAGCGUUGCAAAUUAGUGCAACUGGAGGGUAAAACAAACAUGAGUUUAAACUUUUUAAACAAUUUACAAUGAGACAAAUCAAUUAAAAAGUUGCAUAUUGACGUAGGACUAACUUUUAUUAUUACUAUUAAUAAAAGUGCUGAUCUAUCAGUCAACAUAUGUGAGUGUGAAUGUAACAUGUUCUUCUCUGGGUCCUCUCGUCUCAGUCCCGUUCUUGUCUGGCCACGUACUGCAGCCCAUGAUCCCUACACGAGUCGUAGCUCUCGUAGCAGGGCAGCGUGGGCCAGUCUGGCUGGUAGGUAGUCGUGCUGUACAGAAACGCCUCGGUGAAGCUGCCUGCCGCAGGCCUCUCCUCCCCCUCGGUCUCGCCCACCCACUCCUUCACCUCCAGUCUGACCCGAGCCCGCUGGUACAGGGUGGGAACCUCCUCGAAGUCAUCCAGGAAUUCGAGCAUCUUGUCGUUCACUCUAUAGAUCUCUCCAUGGACUCGGUGGCCCUGGCCGGGGAUGUUGAGGAGGAAGGGGAUGUUGUAGUGGCUGGCGAUCACCAGCGGGUAUUUCUCGGUGGUGCAGGCCGAGGCGAGGAACUCCGCCUUCCCAUUGGCGCUCUCCAACAUACGGUGGUAGUUGGGCUGCCCCUUCUUCAGGGUGCCGUAGACGAAGACGCGAGUCAUGUGGAUGCAGGAGGGCAGGCACCUGUAAAAUACAGCAAGGUCAUCGUUCAGCAACCUGCCACCAUGUUUUUUGAAUCUUAUUUUGAUAAAUCACCCUGUGCUUUUUAGUCUAAACGUUAGCCUAAAUGCUGAAUAAAUACCUUCCACAGUUUUCUCAAACCUGAGGCACCACUCGGAAAAUGAGAUCGGAAGGUGUUUGAGAUGCAAACAUGUCUCUGCGACCUGAAGGCCUGCUUUUAUUGAACCUCUUUUGACUUUGUUAUUGCAAAGUACAUCGGCUCAAUAUUUAAUUCACUGUCAGAGAUAAUGUGUGCAACUCACUGGAGUCUUAAGAUAAUUAAAGCUGUGAAAGGUCAUUCCUAGACACAGUAAACACCAGUACACACAUAUUACCAAAAUAAAAGAAACAACUCUACAAAAUAAAGUACAUGUUAUGCAGAAUGGCCCAUUUGAGAAUAAUAUCAUAUAACUGGAUCAUAAUUAUUGAUGCAUUGAAGUGUAACGUUCACUUAAUGCUGCAGCUGGUAAAAGUGGAGAGCUACCUGCUUGAUUAUAAUAAUUGCUUCACUUAUAUGAAUGUUACGUCAUAAUUAUUUUGUGAAUUAUAUUUUGUAAUAUGAAUCUGCAAAGUAACAACAGCUGUCAAAUAUAUUGAGCGGAGUAAAAAGAAUAAAGCAGCAAACAGUCAAGUUAAGCCUGCAAUAUGUUUACAUGUUGCAGUAUAUAAAAGGGUCAAUUGUUCCGUAUGACAACAGACGUCUAACACCAGGAAAUUACACGUUUAAAACGCGCACGUGAGCUCCUAUACAACGCAAAACGGCAAAAAUCAAUUAUAAUGUAUAACUAAGACUAAAGGAGCAGAGUCUCACCAGAAUGUGAUGAAGAUGAUGACUCGUAGAUUCCUUACAACUAAAAGACUAGAAAGAGUUAACAGCGCAUGCGCAUAAAACUCAGAUAAGCUUGUGGAAAAGAUGGCGCUAAAGUCACGAGGGAAAAACUAAAUAAAACAAAGUACAUUACUCAUGAGUAUUUAUUAAAUGAUGAUGGUGGAAGUGGUGGUUUAAUAACUGAUGUUGUUGCUUUACUGGUAUUAUUGUCAUUGGGUGUUUUGUUUUAUCUAUAUUUCUUACUCUUAACUAUGUGCUCUUUUUGUCUCUCAGUCAACAAACCAUCACGGCUUCCGUCGACACUGAUUUUGUCGAUUGCGGAGGAUGACGUAAGCACGUCCGCAGCCUAGCAGCAGAAAAAUACGGCGUAAACAAAGCAGACAGCUUCCAAGCUCAGCUAACGCUAGUUACCGUUAGCUCGUGUUUCGUGAGUAUAGUACUUACUGUAGCUGCAUUCGGUUGUACAUGAAACCUUGUUUUAUUUUAAUAGUGAGCGCCACGUUCAUUCGUAUGGUAACAGACUAACUCUAAUGUGCUGAGACUGAACUCAGACCAGUUAAUAAUGUACCGUUAACGCUAGCUACGUCAGCUUUAGCUUGGAUAGCGGUGUGACGCUUCUGGAGCGAUGACCACUUGAUCGCAGUCAUCUGGACUCGGACUGCGAUGUUUAGCCUGAUGGCGAAUUGCUGCAACUGGCUGAAACGCUGGCGAGAGCCCGCAAGGAAGGUGACUCUGGUUAUGGUUGGACUGGACAAUGCAGGGAAGACAGCCACAGUUCGAGGAAUCCAAGGAGAUAAUCCCCAGGAUGUGGCUCCUACUGUGGGUUUUUCCAAAGUUGACCUGAAGCAGGGCAAGUUCGAGGUGACCAUCUUUGACCUGGGUGGUGGGAAGAGAAUCCGGGGCAUCUGGAAGAACUACUACUCCGAGUCACACGGCGUGGUGUUUGUGGUGGACUCCAGCGAUGUCCAGAGGAUCCAGGAGACCCGGGAGACCAUGGCGGAGGUCCUCCAGCACCCGCGUAUCGCAGGGAAACCUGUGCUAGUGCUCGCCAACAAACAAGACCAAGAGGGAGCGCUGGCUGAAGCAGACAUCAUUGAGAACCUGUCGUUAGAGAAGCUGGUUAACGAGAACAAGUGUCUCUGUCAGAUCGAGCCGUGCUCUGCCGUUCUAGGCUAUGGCAAAAAGGUCGACAAGUCCAUCAAGAAGGGCCUGAAGUGGCUCCUCAACAACAUUGCCAAAGACUACGAGGCCAUUACUGAGCGCGUGCAGAAGGACACCGCCGAGCAGCGCGCUGAGGAGGACCAGGACAAGAAGGAGAGGGCGGCGAGAGUGCGGCAGAUACGAGAGGAGAGAGAUCGGCAGGAGCGGGAAGAGGCGGAACGCGAGGGCAGGCAGAUCCAGGAGGAGGAGCCUGAUGAUGAGAACAUACCCAGCCCCUUCCAACCAAUCAGCAACGUGGUCUCUGAGAACGACGAUAAAGAGGAGGAGCGGAGGAGGCAAAGAGAGCCGCAGGAGGCCCGGACCGACAGCCAGAGGACGGAUGCUGAUCGGGAGGAAGAGGAGGAUGAGGACGAGCCAGGCGACCCAAGACAAACGCCGGAAAAUGCCGGUUCGGCCAAAACAGGCGAGCAAGAGAAGAAGACGACGACGACGAGGAAGCUGCAGCUGAAGAGGAAGCACCGCGUGGACCCGCUGAGGACGGAGGACGGGCCGGCGGAGAGCACCACCCCUCCCCCUCCUCCCGUGGGAUGGGCCACGCCCAAAGUUUCGAGGCUGCCAAAACUAGAACCACUUGGAGACUCGAGACAUUCUGAACUUUUCAAGCCCCUCCCGCCUCUUGCGAACAGGCCGUGGCCUAACGGUGACGCUCAUGACGUCAUUUUUUAAAUCCUCCAAUCACGGCUCUCCUCUUUUGCUUUCUGUCUCAAAGCGAGCGGUGUGUAGACAAACCGAACACAGAGACACUGCGGACUCCUUGACGUGGUGAGCCCGGGGACGAGCGCCGGAGCGGGACGGACAGGAAACACAGGAGCACCAUGGGAAGUGAAGUCCUGCUCAGACGCUGCUGAAUGGUUUUCACAAACUGACACGAUUCAGUGUGAAGCGUGGAACCUGCCUGAACUCAUUUGACGUCAGGUUCUGUCUCCACGCGACAAAAGCAACUUUAUUUUGUAUUUUAAAUAUCAGUGUUAGACGGAAUGGACCGACUGAAAUGCUUUUAAUUGACAAAGAAUGUAAAUAUGUCCGCUUUAACCUUAUAUAUCUGUUACUGAAUAAUGGGUUUGUAUACACGCCGCCAUUAAAGAUGACUGUAUUUUAUUCAUUUCUUUUUGCACCGUGGGUUUUGUAGUGUAAACGCAGGCGUCUGAGAUAUCUUGGAGGUCUUAAGUGGCUUUUCACAGAUGAGUGCUUUACAUUUAAUCUUCUCAAAGUCAAACAUUUCCCUUUUCACAACACUGAAAUGAGGUGAAACGCGGGAGCAAUUUGUUGCACUACGCUGCGCUGUACAUGGAUACAUGUUACACUACAUCCUUGUUCAUUUGGUAAUUUUUAGUAAUGAACGUCUUGACAUUUCACUUAAAUACUCUACAUUUUCUACAGCCAUGGAAAGGAUUUGUUGAAUCUCUAAAAGAGGACAUCUUCUGUCUCUUGCCAGCAGCCUCAUAAAGGAGCUUGUCUUUUUAUUUAUUGUUAAACAUGUGAAAAUAUGUUUGUCUACAGGGCUACAGAUUUUAUACGCAUUCUGCUGUUUACACUGUGUCUGUUUUUAAAGUGAUGUUUCUCUGGAGGCUGCAGUCAGCCUCAGACUUGCUGCCUCUCAGGUGGCCCUGAGGUGUGAGCCAGCGCUGCUGCUGCUGCUGCUCCUCCAGCUUUUCUCACCAUGUCUUCUGCAACCAUUUCCACUUGUGAAAAAGCUAAAAUUACAUAUCAAAAAGCGCAAACCACCAAUGUGGAGAAAAACAACUUGGAACACAUCAUUGCCCCAGUUAAGUUUGUGCAGCCGGACGCGGUGGGAGGAGACGGUAUCAUUAUACCGACACCUGGAUCUUGCCGAUAUUGGGUCAGAACACAUGAGAGCAACUUCUUGAAAUAUCACUUCAGAACUCCAAUGUUGUUUUUCAAAACUAUAGUACAGCACUCGCUCUCUUGUUAAUGCGCUAGAUGUUUGAAAAAAAUAUUUUUUCUACCCUGUUUGCAUUUUAUAACUGCACAAUUAAAGAUGUUUUAAGUAUAA